AUGCAGCGCCUCCAACACUUCCUUCGACGGCCCAGCUCUGAGCAGUCUCCUGCAACCCCUCAAGCUCAGGUCGCGGUUGCGGAGUCAGCUCAAGUUCAAUCAUCGAGUCUGCAAAUUGCUUUGCAAAAUCAGACAAGCUCUAGCACCGUAUAUGCCUAUGUCACAGGUCAAGCCCUUGACCGCGGCAAUGCACUGUUUCUUCUUUCUGCCGACGGAAGAACUCCAUACUAUCCCACCUCUCCCGGUGCGGUCGGCUCGCCCAUCCCACAAAACUGUGCCAUUGCUCUCGGAGCCCCGGGACAUAGCGUGACUGUGACGGUACCCCAUAUCGCCGGAGGCCGCAUUUGGUUCUCGAUCGGAGCACCUUUGAAAUUCCUGCUCAAUCCAGGACCGGCUCUCGUUGAGCCAUCCGUCACUAAUCCUUCCGACCCCAACGCCAACAUCGACUGGGGCUUUGCCGAGUUCACGUUCAACCAGGACCAGCUGUAUGCGAACAUCAGCUAUGUCGAUUUCGUCGGCCCGCCCAUCGCAUUGACCCUCACAACCCAGAGUGGUGCCACUCAGCAUGUCUCCGGGAUGCCCGCCAACGGACUGGAUAUCGUUUGCAACGGUCUGCGCGCUCAACAUGCCGCCGACGGCCAAGGCUGGGACAAGUUGAUCGUCUCUCACAAUGGGAAAAACCUCCGUGCCCUGUCGCCCAAUCAAGGCAUGGUGACCAACCCGUCGUUGUUUGCCAACUACUUCGAUGGCUACAUCAACAAAGUCUGGCAGAAGUUCGGUGGCCAGUCCAUGUCCAUCGACACCCAGGCCUCUUUCGGCACCGUCUCCGCCAAGGUCAACAACCAAGGCACCCUCAACUUCGGUGGGUCGAGCUUCUCGAAGCCUUCCACACGAGACGUCUUCACCUGUUCGACCGGACCGUUCGCGACAGGCGCCAAUGCCGAGACCAACACCAUCAUUCCUCGACUGGCCGCGGCGUUCAAUCGCUCGACCUUGCUCGUGUCGAAUGCGUUCCCCGCUCCGCAAAGCACAUACUACAAAGACGCCACCACCAACCACUACUCGCGGAUCGUGCACUCGGCCAAUCUGGACGGCAAGGGCUACGCUUUUCCCUACGAUGACGUGCAGCCCAACGGCGGUGCCGAUCAAAGCGGCGAGGUGCACGCCGGCGAUCCGAAGUUGUUCACCGUCACUGUGGGAGGCACGAACGCGACCGUGAAGCCCCCGCCCAAGAAGGAGCUGUGA